GCCCCGCCCCGCGGGGUGAUACUGCAGCUGCCGCGGCGGGGCUGGGGGCAUCGGGCUGGGACGGAGCUGUACCCCGAAGAACCAGAAGCUCAGCCUGGGAAAGGGAUGCCUCCCGUCUGGACGCACAGCAACACCCACCAGCCCUGCCUACGAUGAUCCCCCCAGCAGGCAGCACCCCUCCGGGAGAGGCCCUCUUCCCCACUGUGGCUCCUCAGGACUUCUGGAGGUCUUCCAUCUCCAGCUACUCAGGGUCCGUGACAGGACACAUCAGCCACCGGGCCAACAACUUCAAACGCCACCCCAAGAGGAGGAAGUGCAUUCGCCCCUCUCCUCCCCCUCCCCCCAACACCCCAUGUCCCAUCGAGCUGGUGGACUUUGGAGACUUGCACCCACAGAGGUCGUUUUGGGAGCUGCUCUUCAAUGGCUGCAUUCUGUUUGGCAUCGAGUUCAGCUACGCCAUGGAGACGGCUUACGUGACUCCGGUACUCCUGCAAAUGGGCCUGCCUGACCAGCUCUACAGCCUAGUGUGGUUCAUCAGCCCCAUCCUUGGAUUCCUGCUGCAGCCUCUGCUGGGUGCCUGGAGUGACCGGUGUACCUCAAGGUUUGGAAGGAGACGCCCUUUCAUUCUUGUCCUGGCGAUAGGGGCAUUGCUGGGCUUGUCGCUCCUGCUCAAUGGAAGGGACAUUGGGAUGGCCCUGGCUGACACGGCCACCAACCACAAGUGGGGCAUCCUCCUGACUGUGUGCGGGGUGGUGCUGAUGGACUUCAGCGCAGACUCGGCGGAUAACCCCAGCCACGCCUACAUGAUGGAUGUGUGUGGCCCGGUGGACCAGGACCGAGGCCUGAACAUCCAUGCUCUCAUGGCGGGUCUUGGCGGAGGAUUCGGCUAUGUGGUCGGAGGCAUCCACUGGGACAAAACCGGCUUCGGGAGGGCCCUGGGGGGUCAACUCCGUGUCAUCUAUAUCUUCACUGCCAUCACCCUGAGCGUCACCACUGUGCUCACCCUGAUUAGCAUCCCUGAGAGGCCCCUGCGGCCCCUGGGUGAGAAGAGGACAGCCAUGAAGAGCCCCAGCCUCCCGUUGCCCCCCUCCCCGCCUGUCCUGUUGGAGGAGGGGGCCGGUGACACCCUCCCCUCUACUACAGCCCCCAACCUGUAUGCCAGCUUCUCCAGCCCCAUCUCACCACCCAGCCCCCUCACGCCCAAGUACGGCAGCUUCAUCAGCAGGGACAACUCCCUCACGGGCAUCAACGAGUUCGCCUCCUCCUUUGGCACCUCCAACAUAGACAGCGUGCUCAUUGACUGCUUCACGGCGGGCCAUGACAACUACCUGGCUCUCCCCAGCAGUGUCCCCAGGCAGGCCAUCAGUGUCAGUUUUCCCCGGGUCCCCGAUGGCUUCUACUGCCAGGAGAGGGGGCUGCUGGAGAGGAGAGAGGGGGCCCUGACGUUGGGCUCGGAUGGAGAUGUUCUAAGGGUAGGCUCUCUGGACACCUCCAAACCACGGGCCUCAGGGAUCCUGAAGAGGCCCCAGACCUUGGCUCUCCCAGAUGUGGCUGGGGGAAAUGGUCCUGAAGCCAGCAGGAGAAGGAACGUGACCUUCAGUCAGCAGGUCGCAAACAUCCUUCUGAACGGUGUGAAGUACGAGAGUGAGCUGACCGGCUCCAGCGAGCAGUCGGAGCAGCCGCUGUCUCUGCGGCGCCUCUGCUCCACCAUCUACAACAUGCCCAAGGCACUGCGCAAUCUCUGUGUCAACCACUUUCUGGGGUGGCUCUCAUUUGAGGGCAUGCUGCUCUUCUACACGGACUUCAUGGGUGAGGUGGUGUUCCAGGGGGACCCAAAGGCACCACACACGUCGGAAGCAUAUCAGAAGUACAACAGCGGCGUCACCAUGGGCUGCUGGGGCAUGUGCAUCUACGCAUUCAGUGCCGCCUUCUACUCAGCUAUCCUGGAGAAACUGGAGGAGUGCCUGAGCGUCCGUACCCUCUACUUCAUCGCCUACCUCGCCUUUGGCCUGGGCACUGGCUUGGCUACACUCUCCAGGAACCUCUAUGUGGUCCUGUCCCUCUGCACCACCUACGGCAUCCUGUUCUCCACGCUCUGCACCCUGCCCUACUCCCUGCUCUGCGAUUACUACCAGAGUAAGAAGUUUGCAGGGUCCAGCGCAGACGGCACACGGCGUGGCAUGGGAAUGGACAUCUCGCUGCUUAGCUGCCAGUACUUUCUGGCUCAGAUCCUUGUCUCUCUGGUCCUGGGGCCCCUGACCUCGGCCGUGGGCAGUGCCAAUGGCGUGAUGUACUUCUCCAGCCUCGUGUCCUUCCUCGGCUGCCUCUACUCCUCUCUGUGUGUCACCUAUGAAAUUCCCUCUGGUGAUGCGGCUGACGAGGAGCAGCAGCCCCUCCUGCUCAAUGUCUGAUGCCUCAGAAUCUCGACUUUGGACUUGAAGGUGGUCUGCGACAGGCUGGCCACUGAGAAACCAAAAGCCUUGGCAGCCAGCCAGGCUUCCCGUGGAAUGUAAAUAUCUGGUAAAUAAAGACAGCAGCCAAGCCUUCUAGAAGCUUCUCUUAUCCAAGGGCAUGAGGUCACCUGGGCAGAGCUACCCUCCUGGGGAUGGUGGUGUCCUGUGAAGUUCAUUUAUCAAAAGAGAGGAUAUAACUCAGAGCUCAACUGUACUUCUCCAUCAAGGAUGCUUUUGCUAGCUGCCUGCUCCCUGCAAGGUUUGCAAUAGUGUCGGUCACCACAGCUUAGCUGGGUGCCAUUUGCCAUCUGAGGAUGUCACAAACAUCCUAGGACACACAGCCCCCAGCAGCAAAGGCUUAUCCAGGCCAAGAUGCCAGUGGUGCAGAGUGGAGAACACCGUAACUCUGGUUAUCUGGGCCGUAUGUUCUGCAUACUGCAUCAUGGUUAUAUCAGUUUGUGUUGCCCCUGCCCCACCCCGUGGUGGUUCAGAAAGCCUCAUAACCAUCCCUACUCCCUCCCUCUCUUUCUUUCUCCUUCAUUCCUCCUUCCUCCCUUCAUCCUCCAUCCAGACAUCCAUCCCUUCCUCCCUGCAUUCAUCCAUCCUCCAUCCAUCUAUCCAUCCAUUCACCCAUCCAUCCAUCCUCCAUCCAUCCCUCCAUCUAUCUAUCCAUCCCUCCAUCCAUCCAUUCACCCAUCCAUCCUCCAUCCAUCCCUCUGUCUAUCCAUUUGCUAUAUAGUUUGGAUCUGAAGCCUUGGUACCCAGCCCACUGUGCAAGUGGGAAGUCAUGGAGCAUUAAGAGGCAAGGGCUAGUGGGAGGAAGUUGAGUCAUUAGGACACAUGGUGGAGGGGAUAUUGGGAUGGUGGCCUCUUCUCUUUGCUUCUUGCUGCCAUUAGCUGAGCAGUUCCUUGGCUAUACAUCUCAUGUGAUGCAUGGAGCCACUGCCAUAAGCUCAACACAACAGAGACCAUGGCCUAGAACUUAAGAUAAAAGCAAAAUGACACUUUCCCCCUUUAAGUUAAUCUCUCAGGCACACCGUCCU